AUUUUCCAUCUCCACAAUCACUCUGUGUUUGGGUGUUUGGGUGAAUUUCAAUUCUUCUUAUUAGUUCAAUGAAUUGAGUUCUUGUUUAGUAAAAUAUUUGAUUUUGGGUUCCACAAUUUUUUGUUCUUUUUGACAACCUCUUUUCCAUAGUUUUGUGGUUCCACAAUGGCUUCCUCAGGGAUGUCACUUGGGGAUUUCUCUUGGAUUUGUGAGGGAGAGUUUGAUUUGGGAUCUUCUUGCUUUCAAAGAACUGUCAUAGAUUUAGUGAACCUACUAGUCCUCGUUGUUUUCUAUCUGUUUUUGUUUGUGGGUUCAAUUAGAUCACACGCCAUCAGUACUAGGUAUGUUAGAAGGGAUUGGGUCCCUCUAGUUGUGUCAAUUUGUUGUGCACUUACUAGCAUUGCAUAUCUUGGUGCUGGUUUAUGGGGUCUGAUAAGUCAUUUGAGCUGGGUGGUAUACUUUGUCAGAGGACUGAUUUGGAUCUCCUUGACUGUAUCUUUGCUUGUCCAAAGAUCAAAAUGGAUCAAAAUUCUGUCUUCUGUCUGGUGGGUAGUGUUCUUUCUAUCGAUUUCAGCUCUAAACAUCGCGGUUUUAGUGAAAACACGCGAGAUCAAUAUCUUGGACCUCAUACCCUGGCCUGUCAACUUCUUGCUUCUCUUUUGUGCAUUGAGGAACUUCAGUUACUUGGUUUCUCAACGUUCUCCAGACAUGUGUUUAUCGGAACCUCUAAUAGUCAAGGAGACGGAAAAUAGCAGUAGCCAACUAGGCCAGGCCAGUUUGCUCAGCAGAUUGACAUUUUCUUGGAUUAAUCCUUUGCUUCGAUUAGGUUAUUCAAGACCAUUAGUUCUUGAAGACAUUCCCGGUCUAGUCCCUGAAGAUGAAGCAGUUUUAGCAUAUGAGAAAUUUGCUCAAGAAUGGGAUUCACUUCGAAAUGACAAGACCUCAGACAAUAGUCACAAUACUAGGAACUUGGUUCUUUGGGCAACAGUGAGAGUUUAUACAAAAGAAAGGGUGUUUGUAGGAAUUUGUGCACUUCUUAGGACAUUUUCUGUAGUUGUUGCUCCUUUGUUGCUUUAUGCCUUUGUAGGUUAUUCGAACCGGGAAAAAGACAAUACAUAUGAAGGUCUGAUCUUAGUGGGGUACUUGGUUAUUGUUAAGGUCGUUGAAUCUUUGUCCCAGAGGCAUUUCUUUUUCCAAUCAAGGCGGACUGGGAUGAAGAUGAGAUCAGCUUUGAUGGUGGCAGUUUAUCAAAAGCAACUCAAACUUUCGAGUUUGGGAAGGCGAAGGCAUUCAACUGGGGAGGUGGUGAAUUACAUUGCAGUUGAUGCCUAUCGAAUGGGGGAAUUCCCUAUGUGGUUUAAUUUGGGGUGGACUCUUGGCCUGCAAAUUUUUCUAGCCAUUGGUGUCCUUUUUGGGGUUGUUGGUCUUGGUGCUCUUCCUGGUUUAGUCCCUCUUCUCAUCUGUGGGCUUCUAAAUGUGCCAUUCGCUAAGUUACUUCAGAAAUGUCAAUCUGAAUUUAUGAUUUCACAAGACAAGAGACUCAGGUUCACUUCUGAAAUCUUAAACAAUAUGAAAAUCAUCAAGUUACAGUCGUGGGAAGAUAAAUUCAAGAACUUGGUUCAAUCAUACCGAGACAGUGAAUUCAGAUGGUUGGCUGAAACUCAGCACAAGAAGGUUUAUGGCACUGCCUUGUACUGGAUGUCACCAACCAUUAUUUCUUCAGUCAUCUUUCUUGGAUGUGUCUUCUUCAAAAGUGCGCCAUUAGAUGCUGGCACUAUCUUUACAAUUUUGGCAGCAUUGCGCAGUAUGUCAGAACCUGUCAAACUAAUACCCGACGCUCUUUCUGCAAUAAUUCAGGUCAAAGUCUCUUUUGAUCGGAUCAAUUCCUUUUUGGUUGAUUAUGAACUCAAAAAUGAGAAAAUAAGUAGAAUUGCAUCAAGAGAUUCAGAUAUCAGUGUUAGAAUACAAGCCGGGCAUUUCAGUUGGGAUCCAGAAUCAGCCAUUCCAACACUGAGAAAUGUGAACUUGGAAGUAAGAUGGGGACAUAAACUUGCUGUUUGUGGGCAAGUUGGGGCUGGGAAGUCAUCACUUUUAUAUGCCAUACUCCGAGAAAUACCCAAGAUUUCAGGAACUGUGGAUGUAUUUGGAUCCAUUGCUUAUGUUUCUCAAACAUCAUGGAUCCAAAGUGGGACAAUCCGGGAUAACAUACUCUGCGGAAAGCCAAUGGACAAAACCAUUUAUGAAAAGGCCAUGAAAGCAUGUGUUUUGGAUAAAGAUAUUAAUAGUUUCGAACAUGGUGAUCUCACAGAGAUAGGUCAGAGAGGGCUUAACAUGAGUGGAGGACAGAAACAGAGGAUUCAACUUGCUCGAGCUGUCUACAACGAUGCUGAUAUCUAUCUUCUUGAUGACCCUUUUAGUGCAGUGGAUGCACAUACAGCUGCAACUCUUUUUAACGACUGUGUCAUGACUGCGCUGGAGAAAAAAACUGUAAUUCUAGUUACACAUCAAAUGGAGUUUCUUUCAGAAGUUGAUACAAUUUUGGUUAUGGAAUGUGGAAAAGUUAGUCAAUCAGGAAGCUACAAGGAACUCUUGACUGCAGGGACAGCGUUUGAGCAGCUUGUGAAUGCUCAUAAAAAUGCAGUAACAAUAUUGGAUUCUUCAACCAAUGAAAACAGAAGUGAACCAUCAAAGGUGAACAUGGAUUGGUCGGAAGCAUUAAACCGGUCUUAUCUUACAAAAGAAAACAGUGAGGGGGAGAUUUCCGUGAAGGGUCUACCAGGAGUACAGCUGACAGAGGAAGAAGAAAAGGAGAUUGGUGAUGUUGGGUGGAAGCCAUUCAUGGAUUACAUCCUCAUCUCAAAGGGAUCAAGUUUACUGGGCUUAAGUGUAUUAACUCAGUCUUGCUUUGUUGGACUUCAGGCUGCCUCUAGUUAUUGGCUUGCAUUUGCUGUCCAAAUUCCCAAAAUCAGCAACGGCAUGUUAAUUGGUGUUUAUGCUGGAAUUUCAACAAUGAGCGCCGUAUUUGUAUAUCUAAGGUCCCUAUAUGCUGCUCUUCUGGGAUUAAAAGCUUCUAAGGCCUUCUUCUAGGGCUUCACCAAUUCAAUUUUCAAUGCUCCCAUGCUCUUUUUCGACUCUACCCCAGUUGGACGGAUUUUGGCAAGAGCUUCCUCAGAUUUGACUGUGUUGGAUUUUGACAUACCUUUCUCCAUUGCCUAUGUAAUUGCUGCUGGAAGUGAACUGCUGGCAAUCAUUGGGGUUAUGGCCUCAGUCACAUGGCAAGUUCUCAUUGUAGCCAUCUUUGCUAUGGUAGCUUCAAAAUAUGUUCAGGACUAUUAUCAAGCUUCUGCAAGGGAACUAAUGAGAAUCAAUGGAACAACAAAAGCUCCAGUCAUGAAUUAUGCGUCUGAGACAUCACUUGGAGUGCUCACCAUAAGAGCAUUUAGCAUGGCAGAGAGGUUCUUUCAUAACUACCUAAAGCUCAUUGACACGGAUGCAAAACUCUUCUUUUACUCUAAUACAGCUUUGGAAUGGUUGGCUAUGAGGGUUGAAGCACUUCAAAAUCUGACCCUAUUCACUGCUGCUUUACUCCUGGUUUUAAUUCCCAAGGGUUAUAUAGCUCCAGGACUUGUGGGACUCUCUCUUUCUUAUGCUUUGGCAUCAACGGGUACCCAAGUGUUCUUGACUAGAUGGUAUAGCAGCUUAUCUAACUACAUCAUAUCCGUAGAACGGAUCAAACAGUUCAUGCACAUACCACCAGAGCCACCAGCAAUUGUGGAGGAAAGGAGGCCGCCGUCUUCAUGGCCCUCCAUUGGGAGGAUAGAUUUGGAGGAUCUGAAGAUUAGAUACCGUCCUAAUGCUCCAUUAGUCCUCAAAGGGAUCAGUUGCACUUUCAAGGAAGGGACUAGAGUAGGAGUUGUUGGAAGGACUGGAAGCGGCAAAACUACACUAACAAGUGCUUUGUUUCGUUUGGUGGAGCCUGAUAGCGGAAGAAUUCUUAUAGAUGGUCUUGACAUGUGCUCUAUCGGUCUUAAGGAUCUACGGAUGAAACUGAGUGUCAUUCCUCAAGAGCCAACUCUUUUCAGGGGCAGCAUUCGAACUAACUUGGACCCUUUAGGCCUUUACUCUGAUGAGGAGAUAUGGAAGGCUUUAGAGAAGUGCCAGCUUAAGGCCAUCAUCAGCAGUCUUCCUAACAUGUUAGAUUCUUCAGUGAGCGACGAAGGUGAGAAUUGGAGCGCAGGGCAACGCCAACUCUUCUGUCUAGGAAGGGUGCUUCUCAAGAGAAACAGAAUUCUAGUUCUAGAUGAAGCAACUGCUUCAAUUGACUCCGCCACAGAUGCUAUCCUACAGAGAAUCAUAAGGGAAGAAUUUUCAAAUUGCACGGUGAUAACCGUAGCUCACAGAGUCCCUACUGUCACAGACAGUGACAUGGUCUUGGUUCUCUCUUUUGGGAAGCUGGUGGAGUAUGAUGAGCCUCCAAAGCUUAUGGAGAGAAACUCCUCUUUUUCCAAGCUUGUAGCUGAAUACUGGUCCAGUUGCAGAAAUUUACCUAUUUAGAUCAGUAGAGAAUAGAGAUAGAUAUAGAUGAUUAUGCAAAUGAAGAAUAUAUAAUCCUUCCCAACCCAUUAUUCUAUUUCAAUAAUUCGAUUAUAAUUUAAAGUCUAGCUAUCACUUUGAUCUAAAACAAUGCAUGAUUUGUGAAGGGUUGAGAAUGCCAGGAGUCAAAAUAGUUGGGCUAAGUAGAUGUGUAUUGAAUUUCCUUAUUAUUAUUUUGUACAAUAAAAGGAUAAUGAUGAUGAUUUUGAACAA